AAAAUGUUUAAUGAGGAUGAGGACUGGAGUGACGAACAAGAGGGACGAAUCCUGAGCAAAGCUGUCUUUAAAAAGUCCCAAAAGGCGAACAGCAGUACACAUUUAAAGUCCAAUGUUGGGAAGAAGAGCCUGCUGCGGACACUGGAGACUCUGGGGUCGACACCAGACUGGAGGAGCGGUGACCAUGAGCAGGACAGCGGCAGUGAGACAGAAGUCCCUCCAUCAACCAGUAAACAGAAGAAGAGGAAGAAAAGGAGGAAACAUAGAGAGCAAUCAGAGGAGACGCAGGGGGUUGGAGACGACUGUCAAACUGUCAAAGAGGAGAAACCUCAACUGAAGAAGAAGAAAAAGAGGGAAAACAAACCUGUCUCAAAAGCACCCAGGACGCCUUCAGGGGAGACAGAAGUUGAAAAAGUUCCAGAACCUUCUCAAGAGAGUGUAAACAAACAGCAAGGCCCAGAGAGGCUGAGCAGGCAGCAGUGGAGAAACAAGAUGAAGAAUAAGAAGCGAUACAAGAACAAGUUCUGCCAGAACAAACCUGAGGACGAUGCAGACGGAGCUCCAACCGCCGAUAACCGGAAACCAGCAGAAGACGUCAAAAAAGAUCCACGCAACGGCAGCGGAGAAGACAUCAGCCGGUCAGCAAUCCAGAAACAAAGGAAGGAGGAAGUGAAAAGGAAGAACACGGAGCAAGAGGCAGAUGGAUGCAGYGCAGCAAGAGGGGAAAACCAGCCGGAGGUGGAGAAGUUAAAAAGUGUAUCUGAAGGCUCUGCUGAGGGAUUAAAACAUUUAGCAGGUGAAGUUCAGGUGGCGAGCACCAACCGCCAGAAACCUGAGCUGAGCAAGGAGYGGAGUCUGAAAAGACAGAAGCUGCAGAAGAUCCUCCUCCGCCAGGAAAGGGUCGGCACCAAGGGUCCAGCGGAGAGGACGGAAAUGGAGGCGGUGGUCCAGGAGGCGGUGGUCCAGGAGGCGGUGGUCCCGGAGGCGGCGGAGCAGAGCCGCUCCGAUUCCCUCAGGUCCCGAAUGGAGCAGCGCCUGGAGGCGGCACGCUUCCGCUACAUCAACGAGCGUCUGUACAGCACAGCGAGCGGCGAGGCCAGGCGCAUGUUCCAGCAGGACCCAGAGGCAUUCUGGGUGUACCACAGAGGAUACACGGCCCAGGUCCAGAGGUGGCCCGCCAACCCGCUGGACGCCAUCAUCACUUACAUCCACAAGAGGUCACCUUCCCUGGUAGUGGCAGACUUCGGAUGCGGUGACUGUAAAAUCGCGCGCAGCGUGAAGAACAAAGUGCACAGCUUCGACCUGGCUGCCACCUGUGACCUCGUCACCGUCUGUGACAUGGCCAAAGUGCCUCUCGGUGACGACUCUGUGGACAUCGCCGUGUUCUGUCUGUCCCUCAUGGGGACCAACCUGGUCGAAUUCCUGGCAGAAGCCAACCGCGUCUUGAAAAUGAGGUAAGCGAGGGAAAGUUGAU